AUGGCUCCCUCCACAGUCUCCGAUAUACCUUCAUCCAUUUUAAUCGUCGGAAGUGGCGCAUUUGGCCUUUCAACUGCUUACUCUCUAUGCCAAAACCCACAGUACAAAGAUACUUCAAUCACUGUUGUCGACCGACAGCCCUUUCCUGUACCCGACGGCUCAAGCAUUGAUACCUCGCGCAUCAUACGCCCCGACUAUGCCGCCGCGCGCUACACCCGCCUAGCAACUAUCGCGCAGAACCGCUGGCGAACCGACUUUGCGACGGAACACUACCAUGAAGUCGGACUGUGUGUAACUGCCUGGGGGCCGGAACAAAAGUACGUGCCAGAUUCGUUGGCAAACGUCCGGGCAAUAGGAACAGACACGGUCGAGGUUCUCAACUCUGCUGAAGAAAUCCAAAGAGCAUGUGGUCUUGAGGGCAAUGCUCCAUGGGGCAAUGGAUCUACAGGAUAUGUCAACUGGAGUUCUGGCUGGGCUGAUGCUGAGGGUGCCAUGAUUUGGUUGCGGGAAAAGGUCGAGAGUUUGAACAGAGUCAAGUUCGUCACCAAACCGGUGAAGAAAUUAUUAAUCGACCAUAAGACCAGCACCGUGUCUGGCGUUCGGUUCAACGAUUCAAGUGAGCUGAAGGCCGACUUGACAAUACUAGCAGCGGGCGCAUGGACAGCAUCGCUCAUAGAUCUACGAGGCAUCUGCAAAGCGACCGGACAGGCCAUAUGCUAUAUGCCAAUAUCUAAAGAAGAGGAAGAGAAAAUGGCCAACAGGCCAACUCUCUUGAAUCUCUCACAUGGACUUUUCAUGAUUCCACCCUCUAAGAGGUUGCUCAAGGUGGCGCGCCACGGUCAUGGCUACAUUAAUCCGACGACCAUUCCGCAUCCCGAGUCGGACGAUCCGAAUGAGACAAUCACAGUAUCUUUGCCCUACACAGGUGUCGACGACCCGACACAAGCUGUUCCGGUAGAAGGACAACGCCAAUGUCGCGACUUCCUCAAAGCAAUUCACCCCUCGAUUGCUACGCCCUCACGGCCGUUUACCAAAUCGAAGAUAUGCUGGUACACGGAUACAAGAAACGGCGACUUCUUGAUAUCGUAUCACCCCAAGUAUAGCGGUCUGUUUGUCGCCACCGGUGGUUCAGGCCAUGGCUUCAAGUUCCUGCCCGUCAUUGGUGACAGCAUUGUAGAGUGUUUGCAAGGUCGAACACCCGAGGACUUCAAGGGACUUUGGGAUUGGCCCACUGAGCGCAUUCCUGAGGAGCAGUGGCCAGGUGAUGGAAGCCGUGGUGGACCUGUUGGAUUGGUGCUACAGGAGGAGAUGGAGAAGAGCAGAGGAAAGCUGUAA